AUGACUGAUGAUCCAGUAAAUGUACCCUUACACAUCGGGUCUCUUUCAUCAGCAUAUCGGCAUUGCUUUGUGCUAUACGGGAAAUUUCUCCUAGCUCUCGACAGGAAAGACCGCGACUCCACAGCGAUCAGUCUAGACCAGACGGAUGUUGCGCAGAUCAUAGACGGGUACGGGAGGGCCAAGAUUUGGGGUAACCAGACCAAGGUGGUUUUACCAGAAAGGGCACGAGGCUCUUUAGAUGACACCCUUCGCUAUGAUGAUGAGCUGAAGAGUCUAGUCAGAGGUAUUCUCAUUCGACUGGGUGCCCUCCUGGACCAAGUAACGCGCAUCAUUCAGAGGGAAAGCGAUGCCGAUGAAUCAGAUGGCUCAUUAAGUAGUGUGAGCGCUGAAUCGGACUCUGAUGGCAAAGUCCAGCCUCCCAAGAGGAUACCGAGGAUCCGAUUGCUUGUUCAGCAAAUCUUGGCUCAGAUUCGGUCGCUUUUCGAUCUUUCCUCUCUGCUUCGACGCCCCAAGCUUGCAGGUCGAUAUAUCACCUCGGUUAACACAAAAGCAAAAGAAAGGAUGAUCAGCGUAGAUACACUUCCAUUGGCUACUGCCUUCACGUCUCUGGAUGAGAGUCACAUACUGGAAAAAGUGCUACAGUGGCGCGGUCUUACAAAGAGCGGGCGCGAUAUCGAGUUUGAGGGAGAAGAAGUCGCCCCCGUGAACCAGACAUUCAACGCAGGUCACAUCGAGGACAUAUCGUGGUUUUGUGAACGUUUCGCGAGAGCAAAUACCAGACGAAGGGAGCAACUUCAACAUUGGACUGAUCAUCCAUACGACGUGACCCGGGAAGUAACCAACGCCAUUGAUGCAAUAUCUGAGCCAGACCCAGAGUUUUCUGCAAGAAAGGGUCAGAGGCUAUUGAAGGACGAAGAAUCUGCUUCUCAGGCACAGGGUCGUAGCAUUCAAUCACAGGCGCCCAAAUCUACCACGUCAAAGGCCUUUUCCUUAGCAAAUAGGUCCGACGUCUUCGAUACCAAAACAAAUACACGAUCGCGAACCAUUUAUGCCCCGACGACAAUCGGUCAAGGACGAUCAAACUCCGUGCCAGAUCCACCAAAGACAAUAGAAGAAGACAUUUUCUUUACGUGUCCCUAUUGCAAGAUGAAGCUGGACUCUAGCGAGAUGAAGAACAGACAAUCAUGGAAACGUCAUGUUUUCCGCGAUCUUCGCCCGUAUGUGUGCACAUUUGAUAACUGUCAAAAUGCUGGGAAGCUCUACGUGAGUCGGCAUGAAUGGAUCUACCAUGAAUUGCAGAUUCACCGGCGUAAGUUUGUGUGCCAGGAGUGUGAUAAAGCAUACCCAGGAAGAAAAGAGUUGGCAAAACACCUGGAUCAGCAUCAUGCCGGAUCAAUCCCACCAAAUCGAUUAGAGAUUUUCCUCGACCUCUGCGAGCGUCAGAUUGAUCUCUCGGAUGAUCAGAUAGAGGCAUGCCUUAUCUGUGGACAGGAACUCACACUGCACGAACUUCAAGGACAUAUCGGUGGACACAUGGAGGAUCUUGCGCUAUUUGUGCUACCAAGUACUAGCGAGGACAACGAAGAGCAAGGGUCAAAAGCUUCAGUUCAAGUUGUGAAACUGAAUUCUCAAGGCAGCAAGAGUGAAUACGACUCAGAAUUAUCAUUUGAUACCUUGUCUGAGCAUGCAAGCCCCCAGGAUCUAGCUGAGUUUUCAGAUGAAGACGCAGCAGAUCCCAGUUCCCUUUCUAAAGAAAUACCGACACUGCACCCAGAUAAUGACUGGAUGGCGCGUUUUGACCCACGGCCACCGCAGUUUCAGUCUCAGCUCUCUGGCUUGGCAUCAGGAAUCUCUGUCCCUGGAAAUGCGUCAACAAAACAACUCACCGAAGAUGACGAUAUUACAAAUAUUACACUCAAUCAUUGGGCAGUUGAUAUAUUUAGCAGUAUUGCCAGUAAGACAAGGCUGCCGGGAUCAUUCGAGAAGGGCGAGUGCUUUGGCGAUAACCAUGUUGGACUCAAGCAGAUCCUCCAGGAGCAGGGAUUCGUGAAACUUUUCCAAUUAGUUGAUGAUCCUGGAUCCGAGAGUGACUUUAAUGUCGAUUUUUAUCUGCGGGAGAAAGAUCUUCGCGCUCGAAUUAUGUGCAAGGUCAAACCUCUCGCUCGACCAAGUGAACACUUCUGUUUGUCUCUCAACAAGCUGGAGGUUAUUCGGAAAGAGUCUUACCUCCAGCUAUGUCGGAGAAGAAAUUCAGGCAAUGAGUUAGUAUUGUGGGCACGUAUCCCAUUCACCACCAUGGAAUCUCUGGUCGUAACCUUCUGCACAUUUCUGGCUCUUCGCUCUGCAGAUAAAGGAUGGCCAGUUGAAGAUAUUCGAGACUAUUACCUGGAUGGUGAAGAGGAGUUGUAUGGAGGUAAAUUUGAAUUUGUCGAGGAUUGUUCUUUAUAUGCUCUUCGUGUUUUUCGCGAUGAAAUUAGCGGGGCUGUUCGAUUGCAAGCUUCCGUGUACGAUGGUCCAAAGAAAAAUGCUCCCGUCUGGACUGCAUUCAUCACUCACCAUCUGAAUCGAAAUUAUUGGUUGAAAGUAAAAGACGAGAGAACGGUGAUAGUGCCUGAUUUGAAGCCUAUCAUUUUCAUGAUGCCCGAGGACUAUACCCCCGAGACAACCGAAAACGGAGAGCAUAUUCUCAAGUUCACUUCUAAAAGUGCGGUGGCUAGAGGUGGUUUCUAA